AACGUGGAGAAGAAAUAAGUCUCAAGUGCAGGCGUUCGAGUCUCACACAGUGACUUCAUCAGAGAUUUCAACGAAGCAACAACAGUUACGCUUCUGUGUCAAUGUGUAGCAUUUUUCCCUCCUGCUUUUUCUUUUCUCGCAAUAAAAGAGGGAGUGAAACUUUUUCUUUUCUUUUUUUUCUUUUCUCAGAAUGAUCCCAGUGGAUGUGAGCAAGAAGCGAUAGCCAAGGGGAUGCUAGCGAGGUGUGGCUUGUAUUUAAAUCUCCGAUAUGUCAAUGAGAGAGGGGAGUAUGUAUACAGAUAUAAAGUGCAGGUUCGCAUCUAACAGCAGGACACAUUCAGUUAUGAGAAGUGGUACAGGACUGAUGCCAAGGGAACCUACUAAAACAAAUUGUGAGCCACAAAGACCUGUGCUUACGGUGGUUUUGCAUUCGGGAGAUACACAAAUAGUGGACAACUGGGCGAUACCGACAAUACUGCAUUACCACUCUAAGUACUGAAGACUUUUCAGCGCUUCCAUUUACUCUUUUCUCGCUGCGAUGGCUGAGGUUGGGGGUUUUCUAGGGUCUCUAGAUCUGGAUUUGCAUGGCUUUUCGUCGGCUCUAGGAGCUGCUGCACCCAUAGCAGACUCGCCAGGUUCUUGGACUGAGAGAUUAGGUCAAAUUGAAGGACGGCUGCAGAGGGGGGUCCCCACAGACUUCGUGCACCUCAAAGGCUUUUUACGGCGACGUCAACUAUACUGCAGGACUGGUUUUCACUUGGAACUGUUCCCUAACGGGACUGUGCAUGGUACCAGACAAGACCACAGUCGUUUUGGAAUCCUAGAGUUUAUUAGUUUUGCCGUGGGCCUAGUUAGCAUUCGGGGAGUGGAUUCAGGACUCUACCUUGGAAUGAAUGAGAGAGGCGAGCUGUAUGGGUCGAAAAAAUUGACAAGGGAAUGUGUUUUCCGGGAACAACUUGAGGAAAACUGGUACAACACAUAUGCAUCUGAUGUAUACAAACACCCAGAUGGUGAAAGACCGUACUAUGUAGCACUAAAUAAAGAUGGCUCCCCUAGAGAGGGGUAUAGGACUAAAAGACAUCAAAAAUUCAGUCAUUUUCUGCCAAGGCCUGUGGACCCUGAUAAAAUACCAGCAAUGUACAGAGACCUAUUCCACUAUAGGUGAUGCCCGGUGCACUCCUGUAUGCAGUGUACAUACAAGGGCUCUUAAGCUUUCCUUUUACUAGGAGUGCUGUCAUUCCUGUACCUGUACAUUACCUAGAAAAGCACUUACGAUGAAUUCAACACUGCCAUUCCUCAUUGUUUCAUGUGUAUUAUCAAGCCUCUUGUUUGGGACCCUUUAUAUAACCUUCUUUUCUUUUCCGGUUGCUUAUUACCUGGUAGAAACACAGGCACAAAAGUGGAGUAUCACAUGUUAUGGACAUUGACGUGUUUUAAAUGUAACAGAAGGAGAGAAAAAGACCACAAAAAUGCUGACUUGCAGAUUCUGAUGAUAAUCUGAGAGAUAGUGCAUCAUGGGAAAGAAGAACAGUGGAUUCGAUCCUGCUGAAGUAGUUAUGAAGUGUGUCUUGAAUACUGGACAGAGCAUGACGUGUGAUGUUCCCAGAUCAGAGGAACAUUAUUAAUUUGUAUGUAAAGGAUAUUGUACAUAAGGAGGAAUCUAUUUAU